UUCUAGAAAUUUCACUCAAAUUUUUUCUCUGCAUCUAAAUUUUCGCUGAAUAUGCAAAUUGAAUUUCGGGUAAAUUGACGUUUAAAACCUUGGGAAUCAGCUGAUUCAUUGAAAAGAUUGAUGUGCUGACCAUUUAUCGUACUAGGAAGUGAUUCUAAGUUGUCUGAGCGUAAUUUGAUUUGCAGUUGUCAGUUUUCACUUGAGUAAAGAAGCUAACAUGGUUUGUGUGCCUUGCUUCAUCAUUCCCAUUCUGCUGUUCAUCUGGCAUAAGUUCUUUCAACCAAUCCUGCUUCGCUAUUGGAAUCCGUGGGAGAAAAAGGACGCCGACGGAAAUGUGAUCAAAUCUGGGCCGGAAUUUCCAUUCCAGUGCAAAGGAGACUCUUGUCCAUUCCCUGUCAAAAAGAAUAACAGCGUCACAAGCACGGAUAACACGCCUAAUGAGACGGCGCACGAAGCAAAUCCACUGACGAAGCCGGAAGCGUCUGCUGAGAGCAAAAAAGUGAAGUGAACAACUCUCGGAGCAAAAAUAUUAUUUACGAUCAUCCAACUAUUGUUUAGAUUUUAAAUGAGUAAAUAUAAGGUGUAUAAUGUGUA